AUGACCAUCUCCAAAAUCCGCGUUACUCGCCUAGCGCACGUCCACUACGCGCAUCCCGACCUCGACAAAGCCCUCGAAUUCCUCCAAGACUUUGGACUCGUGGUCAAAUCAUCCAGGACCACCCAGACAGGUAGCAGAAAAUCCUAUCUCCGUGGCUAUGGCACUCAACCCUUCAUCUAUGUCGCGGAACAAUCUUCCGACUCCCAGCGACAUUUCCUAGGCGGGUACUGGGUCGUGGAGAGCGCUGAGGAUCUUCACAAAGCCGCCUCUCAUCCAAAUGCCGUCGCGGGUAUUGAGGAAAGCAUCGCCCCAGGAGGCGGACAGGUCGUGAGACUGCGUGAUCCAAACGGCAUAAUAGUUGGAUUCGUGCACGGGCAGACGCUCUGCGACACGGACGAGACGACCUCCCGCUUAGAGGUGAAAGAGAGCGAGUAUACCAGCAGUAAGCCCAACGAGGCGGUGCGCAAGGACCGCAGGGGCGGCUUCCGGCGGUUCCAGAAGGGGGCUUCGCCUGUGCAUAAGCUGGGUCAUUAUGGACUGAUUGUGCCGGCGGGUGUGUACCAGGGGACCCUGGAUUGGUAUUGGGGGUUGAUGAAUCUCAAGCCGUCGGAUUAUGUCGUGAAUCCGGAGACGGGGGUGACAGAGACGGUUUUUAAUCAUGUGGAUUUGGGGAAGGAGUAUACAGACCAUCAUAGCUUCUUCCUGGCCUCUUCAGACAAGGUCCAGCGGACAUCCAUCCAUCACUCCAGUUUCGAGGUUAAUGACUUUGAUACGCAGGUGCUGGGGCAUGAUUUCUUGCAGAGUAAGGGAUGGGUGAAUUGCUGGGGAAUUGGAAGACACAUUAUGGGAAGUCAGAUAUUCGACUACUGGUUCGAUGCCUCCGGAAACAUCAUCGAGCAUUAUUCAGAUGGAGAUCUGGUCAAUGAAGACUCCCCCGUGUCCAAGGAGCCCGCAGGACCGCAGUCACUCUACGUCUGGGGACCGAAUGUUCCCCUGGCGUUUGUGAGUGGGAAAGUCGAGGAUGCGGAGGGAUAUAAAGUGUUGAAGGAACCGGAUGUG